AUCCAACGCUGUACAGCCUCGUUACACGAUGUCCAACGUCAAGACACUCGCCUCUUGCAUCUUCUGCAAGAUUGUCAAGGGCGAGAUCCCCUGCUUCAAGCUCCUGGAAACGGACAGCAUUCUCGCCUUCAUGGACAUCGGGCCCAUUGCCCGUGGCCACUGUCUCGUUAUCCCCAAGUACCAUGCUGCCAAGCUGACUGACCUCCCGGACGACCAGAUGGGCGACAUUCUGCCCGCUCUAGCUAAGAUCGCCAAGGCAGCGGGUAACGAGAAUUACAACGUGCUGCAGAACAAUGGGCGUCCCGCGCAUCAGCAGGUGGACCACGUUCACUUCCACUACAUUCCCAAGCCCAGUGCCGACGACAAGGAGGGCCUUGGCGUGGGUUGGCCCGCGCAGAAUCUGCCAAUGGACGAGAUCAAGAAGAUCUAUGAGGAGGUCAAGGCCAAGCUUGCGUAGGCGAGAAAGGUCAAGUUCUGUGAGAUAGACGGCAGAAAGCAAACAAGCAAUGCAUGUAGUGCGGAGGCU